AUGGGUGUGCGCUUUUGCCACUCAAACACAGGAAGUUAUAUAGUGUAUCGCAUUAAAUGAAGAUAAUUCAGGAGCAGACUCCAGGUAUUGGCGAAUUGCUUGUAUGUUUUGUAUUUGACUAAGGAUUUAUACCUGCGAAGUCAUGAAUUCAAGAAAACUAAUCAUCGCAUACGUCAUUGUCGUGAUUUUCUCUCACUCAACACAAUGGUCGUCAAUUCGACGACAACAACAGUCACAGAAGUUUCAACUACAUCUGUAGCUAAAACGCAAUCUGCCGAUACAACUACAUCUUCCGCUACAACUACAUCUACUGUUACAACUGCCGCAUCUCCAGCUAUAACUACAACUGCCGCUACAAUUACAACUAAAGCUUCAAAUUCAACUGAAGCAGCAACUUCAGUCGAAGCUUUAACUUCAACCGACGUUACACCAACAAUCGAAAAUCAACACACAACAGAAUCCCCUUCUACAGCCGAUUAUUUAUCUAUAACUGAAGAUGUAACUUCCACCGAAGCUUCAUCUACAAUCAUCGCUUCUAAUACAUCCACCGAAGCUCCAACUUCAGUAAAGGAAGUUUCCAGUUCAACUACAACCACGGACGCUCCCAUCACAAGUGUAGUUCCAACAAUAACCAACGAAGCUCCGAGUUCAUCGACCGUGGCUCUUACCACAGCAGCAGAAACUUCAGUUGUUGAAACCACAACAUUUGCAAAUCAUCCUAAAAUGCCGAUGAACGACAAUGCACCAUCAUCGUACAUUGCAGCUGUUGCGGUCGGAUGGAGUCUCGUAUUGAUACUGAUCAUAGUUAUCAUCGUCGUUAUGUUCCGUUCCAUGCAUAGUGCGCAUCGAUAUCAACUCUCUAAAGACGAAAACAAAGAUGAAGACAUGUUUACUGGAGAAGAUAUUACGAGGCCAUCAGUGGAAAACAACUAUACGAUGUUGGAGGGAAAGAAGGACGACAAUAUUAUUACAGAGAUUCAUAAUCCCGUCUUUGAUGCACCUGGAGAUGCUGGAGACGUCACUGUUUCGCCAAUGUGCUUUCUACUGCCGGAUCACAACAACAAACACACGAAGUUCCUACAACCACCAGCUACAACAACCGAGGUUCUUAUUACCAUCGCAGCCUCAACUACAUUUCAAUCUCCAAAAACUCCCACCGAAACGUCAGCUGCAAGCACUGAAGCUCAAACUACAAAAGCAGUUCUAACGGUAUCAGCCAAUGAUGCAAAUACAGCAACCAAGGCUGCAACGAUAGACGAAACACAAAACACAACUAAUGGGCAGCUAACAACAAACCAUUACCAAAGUGAUAUGUGCGACGGUGUAGCAUCGUGA